CACUGUAGGUAGCUUUAGCUGUGAACCAUACAAUAAACCCGGCUGACUUCUCUCUGUGUGUCAUAGAUAUUAUAUUAUUACAAGUUAUUAUGACGGUACUGUAUUAAUUUUACGAUGGCCACUUUAGUUAUUAGAUCCACCAGACAUGAUUAUGGAUAAUGUUGAACCAACCCGUGAAGAUGAAAAAAUCGUAACGAUUUCUUCUGAAUCAGCAUCAACCCCAGAACCAGAGAAAAGAAUCCUCCAAAAUCGAUAUAAUUCUGGUGUUGUGCGCACAGCUCGUCUAAGUAAAAAGCUAUUUCAUUGUGAUACCUGUGGGAAAGAUUUCUCCAGGAAGGAAUAUCUCCAAAUGCAUCAGAGAAAUCAUUUGCCUGAAAAUCCGUUUAUGUGCAAAAUCUGUGGCAGAGAAUUCAACAGGAAUUUUCCUUUGCAGAAACAUCAACAGACUCAUGAAAACGCCAAGAAGCAGAGAGAGAAAUAUAAAGACAACAGAUUUAAAUGCGAAAUCUGUGAUGAGAAAUUCCCUGACCAUUCCAGUUUGAUGGGUCAUUAUUCCAGAAAACAUUCAAAUGGCAACGAUGACGGUAAAGGAAAAUGGGACUUGGUGCCAGAUUUCCCCUGCCAUAUCUGUGGCAAGUCCUACAAGAAAGAGACUUCUCUUAAACGUCACGUCCCUAUCCACAAAAAGAAGCCGUUUCAUUGUGAUUUGUGCAAGAGAAACUUUGUGUUAGACAAACAGCUGCAAGAACACAAAGCCAAACAUAGAAUUAACAAAGAUUAAUUAUAAUAAUCCAAGUUGUUGUUUACUGAUCUCACCAUUGAUUAAAGCAGA